UCGCGGGAAACCUCUUUUUGUCACUCAUUUUAAAAUGUGGUAGCUCACAGCAAGCCGUAUGAGUAUGCGCCAUGCCAAAGUGUAAUUCGAUCUGCGUGCCCUGCACUGGUCACUGACGGGCCAGCCCACUUUGAGAGACGGACAAAUGAGUGCUUGUGAAAUGGCCAAACUUUAGUACGUCACUCGGUCGUAAACCUCGCCCAUAGCCAUGUAUGGUAUGUAAAAAUAAAAAAAACCGUCGCCCAUCCCCGCCCACACACUCAUCCACCCCCGCCCCCUAGCAAAGAACUUGAGCCAACUGAAAUUAGCUACCAGAGGCUAACAACUGCGCGACGGAGGCGAUUUUGGAAUUGAAAUCAUGGCAGAACAAGCACGCUCAUGUUUUAUGUGUGGGGGUAAAACCACUUCCAUGUUCCACUUGCCCAAGGAUGAAGACCUGAAGAAGAAAUGGUUGGAGUUUAUCUUUGGAUCAAUACCAACAUCGUACCCCAAGUCAUUGGUUGUGUGUGCUAACCAUUUCCAAGAUAGUGACUUCGCCAAUCUGGGAGCAUACAACAGUGGGUAUGCAUCGAAGCUGGUGAUGAAGCCAGGAUCAUCACCAUCUGUAAGGUCAACCACAACUUCACAAGCCGGUAGCUCUACAGCACAGGCAUCGUUGUCUCGCCCAUCGUACCAUGCUAGCACCCAAACAGAACCACCUCCACCCCCCCCUAGAAGACCGACGCGUUGUACACAGCUUUCGGAGGGAACACUACACAUACGUCAUUAUAGGAGCAAAGAGACCCAGUGCCAUUUCAGCGAUACAAAGAAAAGCGUCCAGACAAAUACAGAUGCACCAUCAUUGGGCCCAUCAACUUCAACCCCCUCAUUGGGCCCUUCAACCUCAACACCGUCCACAACACCCAUCAAGAGUGGUCCAAGGCCAAACAAAAGACCUAGGUUGGAGGAGGAGGAGGAGGAGGAGGAGGAGGAGGAGAGCAUUGCAGCACCACCUGACCCCCUUGAUAAAACCUAUGACCCAGAACAGUCGAUGACCACUGUAGGCGAAUCCUCACAUCUCUCUGGUACAUCUUCAACAUCUUCACCUGGAUACAACGACAACAAAUACAUAGUGUUUGAGAAGAACCUCAUGGAGCUGUUUGAGAAAUGUCCAAACUGUCGCCGUGCAGCCGAGGUGAAGACUUUCAGACGGGGAACUUUUUUAUCCGUUGACCAAAGAUGCCACCACUGCAAUUUCAUCAAGCACUGGGAAAGCCAGCCAUUGAUGGGGAGCUCACCUGUAGGCAACCUCCAAUUGUCAGCAGCUGUAUACUGCACAGGAUCAUCUUUUAAUCAAGUGCAAAAGGUCUUUAAAGCCAUGCGGCUGCGAAACAUAAGCUACUCUUCAUUCCGUAGACAUGCAACCCGUUACAUUGAGCCAGCUGUAAUACACAAAUGGCACCAGUAUCAAGAUGGUGAAUUGGAGUCCCUAAGGCACCAAAAACUCAAGCUUGGGGGUGACAUGAGAGCAGAUUCACCAGGACACUGUGCAAAAUACGGGACAUACAGUUUGAUGAAUAUGGAAAACAACAAAAUCAUUGCUCUUCAAUUGGUUCAGAGCAAUGAGGUUGGCGGGAGUCACAACAUGGAGAAAGAAGGACUUAUAAGAGGCUUGCAGUUGUUGGACUCCAAGGGCAUGACUGUUGAUUACAUCGUCACCGACCGCCACCCACAGAUUCAGAAGUUCUUGCGGGAAAAGAAAAUAACGCACUACUUUGAUGUCUGGCAUUUGGAAAAAGGUCUAUCCAAGAAAGUUAGCAAGGUGGCCAAGGAGAAAGACUGCGAGGUGAUCCAAAAGUGGCAACGAGGAAUCAGCAACCAUGUCUACUGGUGCGCAACAUCCUCAACUUCAGGCUCUGAGAAGGUUGCAAAGUGGACAUCUCUGUUUAACCACAUGCAAGAUCAACAUGUCCAUGAAAACCCUGAAUUCCCUAAAUGUCUGCAUGCUGAACGCAAGAGCAACGCAAAGAAAAAGUGGCUUAAACCAGGUUCCAAGGCCCUCCUCAAAAUGGAGAAGGUACUGGUCAACAAGAGGGUUCUCGGUGACGUGGAGAGACUAAGCUCGCGGUACCAGACAUCUACGCUUGAGGCAUUUCACAGCGUCAUCUUGCGCUUCACGCCCAAAAAUGUUGUCUUCCCUUUCAUUGGGAUGCUGUGCAGACAAUAUCUGGCCGCACUCCAUUUCAACGAGAAUUCAAAUCGCACCCAGGCAAAAACAACUGCUGGGACCCUGAAGUACAGCAUUCAUUUCCCAAAGGCGAAAAAGGGGGGGUACACAGUAAAACCAAUGAAGUCGCAAGCAACACAGGGUUAUGUCCAAGAGCUGAUCUCUCUACUCUUCGAGGACGUGAUUCCAAGACCCCAGCCUUACCAGGAGGAGCUCAGAAAGAUUCCUGUUCCUGCCAACCUGUCUGCUGCGUUUCACCAUCCUCCAGUUGCUGAAGCUGUGGCUGCAUACCAGUCCAGGUUCAAGAAAGGGCAGCCCUGA